AUGUCUACUCCACUUCCUGUCGACCAAGCUCUUAUCGCCAUCCUCGCUCAACACGGACCGCGAUUCGAAGAAGUGUGCAAGCAUUCGCGAGAGUGCACUACGUUCCCCGCGAUCGACCAUGUCGCCGUGGUGUGCUUGGAGAAGGACCAUUUUGGUAUGCUGUUCGACUAUUGUGUAAUGCGCGACGACGCUGCUUGCCGAAUGAAGCCCAGUCGCAUCCAGUCGACUCCAAGAACGACAGCUUAUAUGCUCCAAUGCGCGAAGAAACUCAGACGCCCUCCGAGGUUUGGCGGAUGGGUCUUCAUGGGAGCGUUGCGCAAGUUCUGGAGGGAGAGCAACAGGUUUCAUCCUACUCUAUCUCUGUUGAGGCCCAGCGACGCAUGGGAACAGGGGCGGACAGCACUGGUGGAGGCACAGGUUUAUGUCAUGGAUGGGUUCUUGCCCGUUUCUAUCCCCCUCAUUGGGGAGAUCGACACCGCUCGGUCGGAGAUAGUCAUCCCAGGGCCUUUCUCGCAGCCACUGCUUUGCCAGGUCAUCCGCGAUUUGAACUACUUCAAGAAUACGGAUGACGACGCCAUCACCAACCUCGACCUCUACGACCCGUCCCAGCAAACGUUCAACCCGUCGCUGACAGACCCGACGUUCCCCAUACGCCUGUCCCUUCCCCUUACCACCGUACCCAUCUUGAAGGAUUCGAACGUAAACAUGACCAUCCUCGUGAUAGAUCACGCAGCCGCGCGAAGAGGAAGAACGGAGCCUAUGUGCUCAAUGAAGCAUGACUUCAUGGAGCUAGACUGGGUCUGGCCGGUGGGUCUUCAAGACGGCCGCGAGUAUCUGCAGGGACAGUGGAGCGUCAUGCAGAUGCCGGAUCCCAUGGGUGUGGUUGCAGUGGGGCCACGACCUGGACAGGCCGGCAGUCAGAGUCGGACUGGGACAAAGUUGCAGGAACGGCAGAACGUGAGGAGAUGUUCUGGGGCUGAAAACGUGUUGAAGGCGCUCUUAGUCUCUCAAACACAUCCCAUUCGUCUGAAACUGCUUGACGAUCUCCAACAAAUCCCACCCGCUCUCUACCUAUUCCGUUCCACUAUGCCUACACCCCGCAAUGUCGACGAACGCGUCAUCAAGACUAUCAGCGAGCCGCUCCCCAACAUAGACCACGUCACGGUGAUCUGCAUGGAGCGGUUGCAUUUUGGGGAAUUGUACGAAUACUGUCUUCUGGGCGACGACUCUGGCUGCCCCAUGCGUUUUAGCCCUGUGCAAAUCGAGCCAGAUAAGGUUGAGAGAAUGAUGGAACUCACCCUCAAGCUGCGUGAUCCUCCCGCCAGGUUUGGCGGAUGGGUCUACAUGGGUGCAAUUCCGGACUUUUACAACGGGAGAACCCCCAUUUCCAUCCCCCUCAUAGGGGAGAUAGACUCCACCGGGAUGGUCAUUGACAUACCCGGUCCCUCAACCCAGCCGCUCCUGAUCCAGGCUAUCCCUGGGCUAAACCGCUUCAAGGGGUCGCCCCACAAGCCCUGGGCGACGUUCGACCUCUACAGCCCAGCGUUGCAGACGUUUAUCCCUGCCUACAUGAAUGACCCGGACGAGCAUCCCAUCCGCAAGCUUCUUCCCCUCGACAGCAUCCCCGAACGGACGGCUCCCAUGUGCUCCAUGAAGUACGCUUUCAUGGGGCUCGACAUCAUCUGGCCGGAGGGCCUUAAAAAUCCCCGCCAGUAUGUGGAAGCGGCCUGGAGCGUUGUUCCACCGCCGCCCCAGUCUCCCAGGAUGGCAACUCGGCCUCGACCUGGAGAGGAGGGCUGCGUGGUGAGGUGGGGAGAACAGCUCAUACAGAAGCGCGGAGACAACGGGGGCAAGAACAGCGAGUUUGACUCCCACUCAGGGUCAGGGAUAGAGGACGAGGACGAGGCUGAUUCUGAGCCUGAGGAUGAACCGCUCUGGGAGCUCGAUUCUGAUGGAUACUGA